AUGACGACAAUAUUCAUCUCCCUUUUCUUGGUAUCUAUAGUCUCCUCUGCAGUUAUUCAACUUCGGCCCAAAGUACAGGCAAUGUUCCCUCUUCUCAAUACAUUUUAAAUGAAUGAUAUUCAGACAGAUGAGGUCACAACAUUGGCUCCUUGGCAUUCACAAACAGAUUCAUCUGCAGAAAGAGUUCGAAGGCAGUAUCCGUAUGGGAUGGGCAACUAUGGAAUGUACAAUGGGUACAAUGGAUAUGGCGGAUAUGGAGGUUACGGAUACGGAUCACCGGUAAGACACAUUUGUAAAUGCCCCUAUUUCUAGUCAUAUCUUCAUCAUUUCAGUACAACUACGCCGGAUACACAGGCUACCAAUACCCGUACUCGAAUGGAAUUUUCCCGCUUCAAGGAGGCUACUAUCCCGGAAGCAUUGUCGGGUCCGGAUCGAUAUGGGCCGCCGGUGGAGGACUUGUCGGGAACAUGCUCUCCUUUUUAAUCGGGUAAUAUUGCAAGCUAUUAGUGCGACCAACAUGUCCAAGUGUACGAAUAAAGAUUUUCUAGCAACUUUUCGUUUUUUUGCUGCCCGUCUAGGCUGGUCGAACAGGCGAUUUUAGGCGCCUGUGUCUGUUUUCUUUACAAAAAAGUGAUUGUCCUUUCCAGUCUCUUGUGUUACUGUAUACCUGAAUGGCCGUCCUUUGUGAUAACGUAAAAAAAUCGUGGAAGCUUCAAUCAAAUCUAAAACCGUCUAAUGCAAAUUAGUAUAUGUUUGUGUUAUAUCAAUGUAACACGCAACACGGUCACUCAGGUCAUUUCACAGAGCGUUAUACUUUGGAGUACCCUCCCUUGUCAAUUUUUCCCUGCAGACCUUCACAGUUUUUUGGUAUACCUCCGUGUUAAUUUACAAAUGUUUCUCAAUGAACACAGGCAGGACAAUAUGCCUAUUCAGAAUAUUUCUUGGAUAAACUUGAUUGGAAAUAAUUUUCGAAUGCAUGCAUAUGGUGCCAGUUAAUAAAAUAAUGAGAGAAUUAAUUAAGAGGCAAAAGAAGAGCAUGGUUCACAGGAAUAUCUGAGGUGGGAAUUAAAUUUAAAAAAAGAGCUCCGACAGUUUGAGUGUGACUGAAAAUGGAUAAUUCUGUCAAACUAGACAAACUAUCACAGAUUCAGUAACAAUCAUUUGUGGAUCUAUUUUAGUACUCAUAAAGAUGAAUUCAAAAUGAUCUCAAAUGCGAAUCAUGCGAAUGAUCAAAUGCGUAGUGUGUACCCUUUAGAAACGCUGGAAACGCAUUCACAACUAUGACCGAGUUAUCAUAAGCAGAUCUAAUUUCAGUUACAUAAACGAAUUUUCACAAAACAAACGGGUGAAUUAGGUCAAAUUAGCGCAAUGUUCGCACGGAAAUGGAGUCAAAUCAUCAAAAGAAAAUUCAAUUGUUAAGAUUCGAAACAGAAAAAUCGGCGUUCAACGUAAAACCGGUAAAACUGCUCAGGGAAAUCGUUAUUAACCUUAACUCUUCACCAUUUUUUUAAAAUCUCCACCAUUUUUUUUAAAAUCUCCACCAUUUUUUUAACUCUCCACCAUUUUUUUAAAUCUCCACCAUUUUUUUAUUUCUCCACCAUUUUUUAAAAUCUCCACCAUUUUUUUUAGCUCUCCACCAUUUUUUUAACUCUCCACCAUUUUUUUAACCCUCCACCAUUUUUUUUAACUCUCCACCAUUUUUUUAACGCUCCACCAUUUUUUUAACGCUCCACCAUUUUUUUAACGCUCCACCAUUUUUUUAACGCUCCACCAUUUUUAACUCCACCAUUUUUUUAAAUCUCCAUCAUUUUUUUAACUCUCCACCAUUUUUUUAAAUCUCCACCAUUUUUUUAACUCUCCACCAUUUUUUUUAUCUCUCCACCAUUUUUUCAACUCUCCACCUUUUUUUAAAUCUCCACCAUUUUUUUAACUCUCCACCAUUUUUUUAACUCUCCACCAUUUUUUAAAAUCUCCACCAUUUUUUAAAAUCUCCACCAUUUUUUAAAAUCUCCACCAUUUUUUUAACGCUCCACCAUUUUUUUAAAUCUCCACCAUUUUUUUAACGCUCCACCAUUUUUUUAACUCUCCACCAUUUUUUUAAAUCUCCACCAUUUUUUUAACUCCCCACCAUUUUUUUAACGCUCCACCAUUUUUUUAACUCUCCACCUUUUUUUUAACUCUCCACCUUUUUUUUAACUCUCCACUAUAAAAUGGUGGAGAUUUUAAAAAAUGGUGGAGAUUUUAAAAAAUGGUGGAGAUUUUAAAAAAUGGUGGAGAAAUAAAAAAAUGGUGGAGAGUUUAAGAAAAUGGUGGAGAGUUAGAAAAAUGGUGGAGAGUUAGAAAAAUGGUGGAGAGUUAGAAAAAUGAUGGAGAGUUAAAAAAAAUGGUGGAGAUUUAAAAAAAUGGUUGAGAGUUCGAAAAAUGGUGGAGAUUUAAAAAAAUGGUGGAAACCAAAAUGGUGGAGAUUAAAAAAAUAGUGAAGCGUUAAAAAAAUGGUGGAGAUUUUAAAAAAAUGGUGGAGAGUUAAAAAAAUGGUGGAGGUUUUAAAAAAAUGGUGGAAAUUUUAAAAAAAUGGUGGAGAAAUAAAAAAAUGGUGGAGAUUUUAAAAAAAUGGUAGAGAUUUUUAAAAAAAUGGUGGAGAAUUUAAAAAAAUGGUGGAGAGUUAAAAAAUGGUUGAGAGUUAGAAAAAAAUGGUGGAGAUUUUAAAAAAAUGAUGGAAAUUUUAAAAAAAUGGUGGAGAAAUAAAAAAAUGGUGGAGAAUUUAAAAAAUGGUGGAGAGUUAAAAAAAAUGGUGGAGAGUUAAAAAAAUGGUGGAGAGUUAAAAAAAUGGUGGAGGUUUUAAAAAAUGGUGGAGAAAUAAAAAAUGGUGGAGAUUUAAAAAAAUAGUGGAGCGUUAAAAAAAUGGUGGAGAGCUAAAAGAAAUGGUGGAGAUUUAAAAAAAUAGUGGAGCGUUAAAAAAAUGGUGGAGAUUUUAAAAAAUGGUGGAGUGUUAAAAAAAUGGUGGAGAGUUAAAAAAAUGGUGGAGAAUUUUAAAAAAAUGAUUGAGAGUUAGAAAAAUGGCGGAGAGUUAAAAAAAAUGGUGGAGAGUUAAAAAAAUGGUGGAGAGUUAAAAAAAUGGUGGAGAAUUAAAAAUGGUGGAGAGUUAAAAAAAUGGCGGAGAGUUAAAAAAAUGGUGGAGAGCUAAAAAAAUGGUGCUGGAAAUUUUAAAAAAAUGGAACGAAAAAAAUAAAAAAACGAAAAAAAUAGAAAAAAAUAAAAACAAACAAAUAUAUAAACGAAAAAAAUAAAAAAACGAAAAAUAAAAAAACGAAAAAUAGAAAUGAAAAAAAUGAAAAUGAAAGAAAAAAAGUAAAAUGAAAAAUUGAAAUGAUAAAAAAAUAAAAAAACGAAAAAUGAAAUGAAAAAAAUUUAAAUGAAAAAAUUUAAAUGAAAAAAAUAAAUAAAAAAACGAAAAAAAUAGAAAUGAAAAAUAGAAAUGAAAAAAAGGGUAGAAAUGAAAAAAACGAGACGGUAACUGAUACAAUGAUUAUUUCUGCCUUUAUAUACCCCUGCAGGGGUGGCAACUUAGUGUAGUUAGUGGGCGUGGCCACUGCACCAGGCUUUUCCUUCUUCCUGUUGUGGGCGUGGUAUACUUUCCCAUCAGACUCCUUUGUCGGCAUCUUAUAACCAAUCUCCGCCUUUAAUUAACACCGCAGGUGUGGGAAUGUGAGCUUCAAGCGGAUUUGCGGCAAGGUUCAAAGAAGCUGACUUAAUUACAGACGGAGAUUAGUAAUAAGGACUCCGAUGGGAAAGAACGAUUGGAAUUUCGAAUAGUCAUGGCACCGUGCCAAGAGGAUUCGGAAAAAGAGUGAUAAGGAACUGAAAGAACACAGAGUCGAUAGUCCGAUCGGUCUGUAAUCUGGACCCAACAUAAGUAUGGUAACACAUUAAUAACCUUAUCUAUCUUUUCUCAGUCUUGUAAACAUUUAAAAAAAUUGGAGCAUUUGCACAAAAGUUCAAGAGAUUCAAGGGAUAACGAGGGAUCGGCAGUCAAUUGGAUGGGUUAUUCAGAAGUACUUCAGUAGCCGACGAUCACUUUCUCGCCGCCUUCCGGAUGUCUGCAGCGUCCACGCAUCAUUUCUUCGUGGCAGAAGAAGUCUCUACUGGACACGUCGCCUCAGCCGGAGACGUCGUGCCGUCGCCGCCACACCUGCCCAUCGAAAUUCCUGCAAAAAACGACUGAAAUCUCGGAAUUUCGACCACGUCUUAGACCCAAUUUCACAAUUUAGGCGAACCGGAGUCUCGGGAGUCGGUGUCCUCCUCGAUGACCGUCGUUGUCAGAGCUUUGACUAAAAAAAAACGCCCACUGUGCUUCACCAUCAUGCUCCACAGCGCCUCGUUAACGAAACGAGACCUGAAAAAAAGAUCCGGCGAAGAAAACGAGAUCCGGCGAAGAGCUGCACAUCGGGCAUUGGGCAGGGAACAAGAACAUUGAAAAACAUUGGUUUUAUGCAACUUUUGUAGGAAAAACCCUCAAAAUUUUGCAUUCUCUAAUGAAAACCGUCAAAACGCACACAGCGGCAAUCGGAGCGAGUUUUUACUUUUGCAGCAGCUUCGCCGCCUCCUCGUUCGCCUUCUUCGAGCCCUUCUAUCCGUCGCCGUACACAAAGAUGCCAUUGCCCGUCAUGCGUCCCUUGUCUCUUUUCGACCUAUAGGUUUUCAGGGAGGAGGUUGAUGCUCAAACAGGGAGAAGGUUGAUAUAUUUAUAAUAGAAUCAGGUGACACCAUGUUGCACCUUUUGACAACAUUCCUUAAUCUAGCAUAGCCUGCCAACUUGCAAACGCAGCCAAUUCGAAACGAAUUAGAAACGCGUCCUUGUCGUAUUAUAGGGGCACCGCACAGAAAUGGCGCUCUGUUGAGAAACUCUUUUUGCAGUGCAAAUUGAGCGACCUCGGGGUCGAGUUUGAAAAGUUAGGCCACAUUUUCAGUGGAAAAUUAUUUCGUGGCCUAGAAAUUCGGCCACAUUGCGAACAGCGCGCCCUUUCUGUCCGGUGCCCCUAUACAUAAUAGAACGAAUUGACACACGGUUUUGUGUUGUAAUAAAGGUUUUGAAUAAACCACAUAAUAUGCUCACGUUUUAUUUAAAACUGUUGUGAACUGCUUCUGCCGGAAAAUGCAUAAGUCGAAAGAUACGUUCAAUUUUCCGAUGAUCAAAAGGCUUCAACACACACAAACACACACUCAGAACUCCUUCCAGAAGCUUGCUCCUACGCCCUUCUCCGUUUUGCCCUGAAGGCGUUUGACCUUCUUCUCUCCUCCUCCGCCUCCGUAUUCUGCUUCUUCCAUUUUGUGUCGUGCCACUCAUCCAGCAUCUCCGCUCGGAAAUUAAACUCGCGUCUUCUUCUAUUCCUUUUCUACCGUUGUCACUUUGUGUUGCACACAAAACUAGUCUUCCAUGUACCUAUCCAUCAUUCAGGAUUUGUUCCAUGAUUUCUUGCUCGUCUUUCUACUUCACUUUGUCAAGAAAAAGAGAGUGAAUGUGCUCAAAACAUCAUAAUUUUCUCCUCUUCGCCUUCUUUUCAAUGGCUCAUCUGAUUAGGCGAGUGGCAAUUCAAUCUGACUGAAAAGCGGACAAAAGUAUUGUCGAACUCGUCCCGGUGUUCAUUCAAAACAAACUCCACGAUGAUUAAUUCUUCGGCUCCACAAAGUCUGCGAGCCGUCUCGUGUUUUUCCAGUUUUUCACUGAAAUGUAACGCCUGAAGUGGUUUCACUCUCUUGCGAUUGCCACAUCAUCCUUCUUGAACACUUUUUUCGAGCAAUACGAGUGGAGAAAAUCGCAGUUCAAAAACAACGCAAGCAAGUAAAGAUGUGCGCAAUUUUCUGAAAAUCCUGGCAAAUGAUCAAAGAGUGUUACUCUACGUCUGGCUCUCGGAAACCAUAGACAUUCCCCAUAUUCCCAUAUUCUUGCUUUUCUUUGCUCCGCUCACUUCGAUUAGCAUGUUUGGUCUCAUUACAAUUCAGGCAAUCGCUUGUGCUCUGGAAGCGAGGCUCGAGCGCCGCGCGCUUUUUUUUCGCAUCCACUCACGCAAAUGGUUCUUCUGUCGUCUCGCCGCUUGGUUUUUAUAGUUUGUUACAAAUGUAUCUGAAAUCUAUCGUGAUGCCGUACAAUAAUUAGCUUUCUUUUCUCGUAGUGACUAUGGAAAGGAUGAAGAAUGCAAAACAAAAAGCAAAAACGGCUUCUGUUUCGUCUUAUUAAUACAACGCAAAACUUGAAAAUAGGAAUGAAUCCGAUUUAGAGCGUUAGCAUCAGCUCGCACAGCACGCAAGCGCACUUUAAUAUUCCCAGUCGCGUUUUGAAAUGAGGGCGCGAGCACCUAGCCACAUUCUUUAUCCCCCUGAUUCCAGAAAACAGAAAAACGUGGCUUACUGCCUCAUUGACGGCUAUAAAUAUGUACACCUCUUUUCUCGCCAAUCCCCCUCCCGCUCGCCUAUUUUUUCCAUUUUUCUCAUCUUUUUCUGAGAAACCUCUGCUGCUUCUCCUCCUCCUCCUCCAUCUUAUUAGCCUGAUUCCGAUUUGUGCAAGCCACAUGCAUGUGUACAUGACUUUUUUUUCUGGAAAUGUCACAUUCGAAACAUUUUGCUUCUUUUUCUUUUGAUUGGUACUCAUGAGCCAGUCCGUCGUCGACGAGGCCGUGGGGUUCGUCAUCGUGUGCGCGUGUCCUAACCGGAUUUGACAAUUUCGUGACGGGAGAAGGGUCUGCUUACUAAUUUGAGGCGAAUGCUUGAAAUUUGAGUGCCCGAACUGUGAUCAACUUUCACACUAGUAGUUUAGAGUUUUUAGAGAUUAUCCACAUUCCAGAAGCAGAUAGAUUUCAUAGUGAAGCACAAUUUCACAACGAGCAAAUUUUCUAGACAAUUAGUUCGCACUUCCUAAUCACUCUAUGUCUACGCUUUUGUUACGACAUAAAGUCCUUGCUUUGAAUUUUAAAUCCGUCUAGACACUCAGUUUUCACACUUCCACAUGUACCUUCUGCUUGCAAGAUUGGCUUCUCUCGAACUGAAAUUAAAUGCUUCUUCCACUGGCGACGGCGCCAAACAAAAGGGAGGAGCGCGCUCAUAAAUUUGAAUUCGCGUGUUGUCAAAUUUAAUUUUGCCAGAAGGGAGAGAAACCUUUCUCUCUGGAGACCUCUUGUUCCAUUAAUUGUGGCCUAUGGCCUUCAUGCUUCCGCAUUUCGCUGCAAAGUUUAAACAAGGUUGAUUCAAAAGUGGCCUAAAAGUUAGGCUUAAUUCUCGUUGAGAUGUGGUUAAAUUUUGAAAAGCAGUGCCGAUAUAUAUGUCACUUUCCAUCAGUCGCUCCCUUUUUCUCAAUUUGUGCUCUCAAUUAUUUUUAAUCCCGCCAGUUAACCUAUUUCUUUCUCCAGUGUAUGUACUAGUGUUAAGAUGAUCGCAAAAAGCGAAUGAUGAAGAAGAAAGGAAAAGAAGAUACAGCAUUUUUCAGUAAAAUGUUGCUUCAUAUUAGUUUACGUUUACCCAUCCUUCCUCGUCUUCUUCUCACUUUUCGGGAAGACUCUGCAGACAAAGAAUAAACAUAUUUACAGAAGUUAGAAAAACGGAAAACAGAUCUCCACUCAUCUCCUCGAAGCGAGUCGCUCAAAGAAAAAUCCUUUUUGGGCGCUGAACGUCAAUGUGGACCGGCUGGAACUAAAUUCGGGAAUCGGGUUCAGGUGAGCGAGCGAACAUUUUGAAACUGAGUAGUUCAGCAAUCGAGUUUCACAAACUCAUAGAUAAAAUCCUAAAAUAACAGAUUGACAAUAAAUGUCUCUUUCGUUUGGGAAUGCUUCUUAAUAUCAAAAAACGUUCACCGAUCAAAGUUCACACUGACCAUCCUCGCGACUUGUCACAAACACAGCUAAUACGACACAGUAGCUCUAAUAUUUCCUCACUUCUCUUUUUGCUCCACUCUUCUUCAACUUUGGUAAUCUAAUCUCUCUUUCAGAUGUUAUCAGCGGCUAUCGUGGAGCACGCGGCUCUCGGCUUCGCGUUCGCAGUCCUCUCACUUUUUGUGUUGGCAUUUGCUGUCAUUGCCGUCGUUCUGCUAACAAUCUCCCACUCAUGUUGGUAUAAAUGUGGUUGGUUUCAUUCAUGUUCAUUAUAUUCAGUUUCACACAUACCGCCGGCAUUCUAUCAGAUGUGCACUUCUAGCUGACAGAAAGGAACACACAAGUAGUGCAUUUCUGUUCGAAUGUUUACGGUUGCUUCUCACUGUGAUAUCACACUAACACACUCAGUUAAACCAAUGUUUUCGUGUACCUAGACCAUCUUCAGUUUCAGACGCGGAAGGGGAUCCGUUGAUGGAAGACUACAACAGUCUAUUUACGGACCCUAAUUUGGAAACUGGCGAACCAAUCGAUACUGUUGUCGGAUACACUCCCAAACAUGCCGAUAUUGUGUAA